AUUACCUAGAAACCACCAAACUUAAGAUUUUUCAAGUCAUGGAAGCUCGCAAAAUGGUCAAAAUUAUCAACUUCGAUAGCUCAGAAGAGACACUACGGUGCUCCUUCGUCCCCCAUCUAUCCGCAGCAUUUGGGCGUAAAGGCAUCUCUGUUCUCACAGAUAAACACGAUCAAUCCUACAAGUCCAUUGCUUCUGUAUUGAUUUUCUCUGAGAAUUACGUGUCCUCCAAGGAAUCUUUGGAUGAAUUUAUAAAGACUAUCCAACGGAGACAUGAGAAAGGCCAUAUCGUGACCGCUAUCUUUUAUGGAGUCAGUAGAUCAAAUGUGCAAGAACUGAUGGGAAAUUUCAGCAAGGCGUUCUUGGAGCACCGCGAUUCAGAUCAAGUAAAUCAAUGGCGCAAUGCUCUUGCGGAAAUAACAAGCUUACCUGGCUACGAAACAAGCAAUAAUCAAAGUGACUACAAAUCUGUGGAAAAGAUCGCGAGAGAUCUUUACGAGAAGCUCUUUCCGAAUGAACGAAUUGGUAUCUACUCAAGGAUGCUGCCGGAUAUAGAAAACUUGAUACAAAAGCAACAGUGGGGAGUCAGAAGCAUAGGGAUUUGGGGUAUGCCAGGCAUAGGCAAGACUAAGCUUGCUAAAGCAGUCUUUGACCAAAUGUCUUGUGACUACGAAGUUACUUGCUUCCUACAAAACUUUCAUGAAACCAUUCAUAAGAAGGGACUUAACGGUUUGCUGCAGGAACAAUUCAAGAACUUUCCAAACCAAACACUUCAGCAAAGAGUUCUUGUUGUUCUUGAUGAUUUGAAAAAUCAUCUAGAUGCAGAGUCUUUUCUCGGUGGGCUUUUCUUGUUUAGUCCCGGAAGCCUGAUCAUCAUAACCUCCAGCGAUAAGCAAGUGCUUUCUCAGUGUGGAGUCAAUCAAAUUUACAAAGUCGAAGGAUUAAACAAGCAUGAGGCUCAGCAACUAUUCUCCUCGUGUGCCUUUGGAAAAGAUGCGAAGGAGAAUAAUCUUCCUACGGAGCUUUCUAUGAAGGUGAUUGAAUACGCUAAUGGAAACCCUUUAGCUCUACAAUUAUAUGGCGAAAAGAUGUCAUCACAAGAGCAACCGAACCAAAAGGAAACUUUGUUCCUCAAGCUCAAGCAAGCUCCUCCACAACGGAUUGUGGAAGUAGUCAAGAGUAGCUACUUUCCACUUAGUGACAACGAAAAGAACAUACUUGUGUAUAUUGCUUUCUUUUUCACAGGGGAACAUGUUGACUAUGUGUCGACACUACUACAAGACCUUGGUUUCUUUCCAGACAUUGGAAUCAACCGGCUUGUGGAGAACUCUCUGGUGACCAUUUCAGAAAACAGAUUGGACAUGCAUGGCCUGAUACAUGCAGUAGUUCGGGAAAUCGGGAGUCUGGACCAAAAUCAAUGAAGACCCCCA